AUGGACUUAUCAAGAAAUGUUGAAAUUGCAGAAGUGUUUCAUGGAAUGUACGUAAAGAACAAAAAACAGCGUAAAAAACCAUUUUCUAAAUAUCCACCUGGUGCCAGAAAAUUUGCCUUAACGCUCGAUUUUUACUCCCCUGCUGCUUAUAAGUACGUGCGUAAAAUGUUCAACACAUGCUUACCACACCCUCAUACGUUGUACGAAUGGUAUCGGAGUGUCGAUGCGGAACCCGGAUUUUAUGCCGAAACUUUAAACAGGUUAGAAGCAAAGGCAAAAGAAAGUAAUAAAAAAAUAUUAUGCGCCCUUGUAGCCGAUGAGAUGGCACUAAGGAGACAAAAAAUAUGGACGGGUAAGCGCUAUGAAGGUCUGGUAGACAUGGGUUUGGGAAGCGAUGAUAACAACCAAAUGGCAAUUAAUGAUAGUUGGAAAUUACCACUGGCUUACUUUUUCAUUGACACUUUAAAGGCAGACAUGAAAGCCAAUUUGAUUAAUAUAGCAUCAGAAAAAUGUGAAAAAAUAGGGGUACAGAUUCGUUCGGUAACAUUUGAUGGUUGUAAAAGUAAAAUUGCAACCAUGAAAAAGUUAGGGUGCGAGAUAGAUAAUGCAGAAAAUAUUAAAACAAAUUUUAGACAUCCUUGUGCAGAUUAUAAUAUUGUUGUAUUUCUAGAUGCUUGUCAUAUGGUAAAGUUAAUGAGAAAUACUUUUGAAUCAAAAAAAAUAUUACACACAUCUGAUCAACGACAGAUUACUUAA